AUGGCAUUGCCGUUCGACACCCAGUGUAACAUCGCUUGCACGGCAACGAGACAAUUCGCGUACAUACUGUUUCGAGACGAUUUGUUACGAGUGCUUUCGGACUAUCCUCAGUGUCGAGAAAGUGUAAGGACUCAAGCGGAGUUAAUGCAACACGAAGCUGGUGAAUUAUUCGACGAAGCCGUGACUACGGAAAUUGGUGAUUUCGAAGGGUCGUCACUGGAGGAGCGACUGGUUGCGAUUCGAAGCGUCCUUUCUGCGCUGGAAAACAGUGUAAACGUUAGCUACGAAAGGUUUAAGGUUGCCUUUUACAAACGGUGCUCCACUAAAGAAUAUCUGACUCGAUACGACGACAAAGACUCCACAUCGAUAGGACGGACGAACGACUGUGGACCAUCGACUCGGAUCAUCGGUUUUGAGGAAGACAAAGACGUCGCAACAUCCUCUUCACUUCGGGCUUGGUUGCCAACUUCGCUGAAAUUUAAGCCUCUAUGGACUUUUCUCCGCAUUGACAUGCGGGGUGCUGUUCGAGUGCGCUUCAAAAUUGCAGCGUCCUGCAGUGCUAUCUCAAAUUACUGUAUCCAAAGGAUUGACAAGAAGAAAAACCAAAUUCGCCGUGAGUGCAGUUCAUUUUCAGAUGAGCAUAACAUUGAAGAGAAAUGUCCGAUGAGUGGCUGUCAUUGGCAGUCAGAGUACGAGACAUUCUGUUGCUGUCAGUUCGACGACUGUAACGAAUGGAAGGCAGAUGGCACCGAAUACAAAGAGGGUGAAAUGGUGGCACCGAACAGUUUCACGACGUCAUCAACUUCACCACGAGAGAAAGCUGAGCGGAGUGCAAACUUUGUGAACACUCCAAAGACUUCACUUAGAACUCCGGUGACCCGAAGCGACAUUAUAAGUGUGGAUUGA